CAUCAGUUUGACAAUUGGCACACACACAACAAAUAAAUAAAAUAGUCAUAAAUGCACUUCUUGGUAAAACCAAAUUUUCUUCACUACGAAAAUCGGUACAAAAUCACGCCUACUAGCUGCUAACAUAUGGAAUUAUUGAGGAAAAAACUAUAGCGAUUAGAUAAAGUUGAUAACCAUAAAAAGUGCAGUCAAAAAUUGCGUCUGUUUGUGGUGUAUGAAGGGCCAGUUGCUUGCGUGGAGCAACAAAAAUAGAGCCAAACAAAAAAGUGUACUAAUAUAGAAAGUACAUCAUUUCUAAUCGCUAACGUCGCACCAUAAAAGAGUAGUGAUGAGUAAUAGCGGCAGCGGUCGCGCUAAUGGUAGUGGACGUCGACAGGUUGAUUGGAAUCGUUUCGGUUUAGAUGAUGACGGACCUGGCGACGUGGUUGUAGCAAAUUUUCGGCAACGAGGUAAUUCCGGUGGCUUUGUUGAUUUGGGUAAUGAAUAUACAUACGCUGCUGGUGGACACCAAGCCUCUGGACGCAACGAGAUAUUUGCCGAUGAGCAGGGCGACAAACCAUGGUGGCGUUCGAAUUUUUUUAUCUCACAACCAGUGCUAUUCGGCACUUGGGAUGGCGUCUUCACCUCCUGCCUUAUAAAUGUAUUCGGUGUGAUUGUAUUUUUGCGUUCUGGUUGGAUUGUAGCACAAGCGGGCAUAAUUAAUGCAGUGCUAAUUAUAUUUUGCACUGUAGUCAUAGCGUUAGUUUCCGUGCUAUCUGCCGUGGGCAUUUGUGAGCGCUGUCGUGUAGAAAGCGGUGGUGUGUAUUUUCUUGUAGCUCACACAUUGGGCUCACGUUUUGGCGGCUCACUUGGUUUGCUAUACUGUUUCGGACAAGCGGUGGGUUGCGCUUUAAAUGUUAUGGGUUUUGGCGAGAGUAUGGCGGGACUGGUUGGACUGGAGGGCAACAAAUGGGCGAUACGUGGCUUCGCUACCGCCGCUGUGCUACUUCUGGGCUGCAUCAAUGUGGCCGGCGUGAAGUGGGUUAUAAAGCUGCAGUUCAUUUUACUAAUGAUAUUGCUGGUUUCAGCUUUAGAUUUUAUGGUUGGCAGUUUCAUAGGCUUCGAUCCAGAUAAUGGUUUUGAAGGCUGGGGCAGCAGUAAUUUCUGGGAAAAUUUAAUGCCGAAAUAUGAGGAUGGCUACUCAUGGUUCCGCGUGUUUGGCGUAUUCUUUCCAACUGUGACGGGUGUGCUUUCCGGUAUUAACAUGAGCGGUGACUUGCGCGCUCCUUCCACCGACAUACCAAAUGGCACUUUGGCGGCUUUUGGCACGUCCACCUUCCUUUAUUUGGUGUUCGUGCUAUUUCUGGGUGCCACCUGCACACACUCCACUUUGCUCACCAAUUAUAUGAUCUCCGUGAAAGUAUCAGCGGUGCCGUUGCUGUUACUGGCUGGCAUAUAUGUAUCCAGUAUGUCAUCGUGUUUGGGCGCUAUGUACGGCACGCCGCGUGUUUUGCAAAGUAUAGCUAAUGAGAGCGUUAUACCUGGCAUCGAUGUACUCGGCAAAGGUCGCGGUCCCAAUAAAGUGCCGCUCUAUGCCAUGGGCGUUGUUGCUGUGGUUACGGUCUCUUUCAUCAUAGUUGGUGAUAUUAAUUUCCUUGCACCCAUCGUGACUAUGCCCUUCUUAUUGACCUACGCUUGCAUUGACUACUCUUACUUUGCUUUGGCGCAAACGUUCGACAUACAAGAACAACGCGAGGAACGUUUUCGCAUACAGGCGUCUAGUCCAUCUUAUGAGACGCGCCGUUAUGGCACUGCGCAAUCACCCGGCGGCGAUAGCAACGAUUUGGAUUUGCUAUUUCCCGAUCGCGUGCGUCAUAAAAACUUGCAACAAACACCACAAAAUUCACCACAUCAUGUGCCUUCAAAUGUCGCCUCAACUGCUGCUGCAGCUGCUAUGGCGACGGCUAAUCAAGAGACUGAACGCAAUCAUAUCCAACAACAGCAAUAUGGUAGCGAUGCCAAUGGCGCUGCUUGUGAUGGCUACAACAGCACAAACGUGCAGGAAGGUGGCGCGACGGAACAACCGGCGGAUGAUGAGGAGCCAAUUGCGCCCAUACGCUUGCCCAUACACUCCAAGACGAAGAACUGGUAUUCGCCUUUCUGCAAUCGCUGGGCGUCGCUGCUGGGGACGUUUAUGAAACUGCUCGUUAUGCUGUUGGUCAAUUGGUAUUAUGCGCUCACAUGCUUCGUUGUUGUGUUCAUUGUGUGGUUUUAUGUGGGCACUGCUAAUCCUGCCGUGAAACCAGGCCUAACGGCAGAAUUCAAUUUCUUCGCGUGGCUAAAAAGCGUCAUAUUCAGAUGUUUUGGCAAGCGCAUGCACGAGUACGAGCAGGUUGUGGUGACGCCCACCUGUCCAGGCGUCGACUUCUCGCGCACACAAUUGAAUGAGGAUAAUGCUGAUUUCUCGCAACGCAGUCGCUACCAUCACUCCGCUGUGGUGGAAGGUCAUCUCAUCGAUGACGUAUGAAUCAAAUAAUAAAGCAAUGGCGCGUACAAUAAUAUUUUCGUAAAAUACAACAACAAAAAAAAAAACAAAAACAAGCACUAAAACAAUAACACGCACUAAGAUACCCUCCAAAAUGGUAACAACAAUUGGACUAAGUAACCGAAUAUGUAUUUUUGAAGCAAUAUUUUCCACCAAAUGACAAAAAAUUAUAAGUAUAACAAUAACAACACAAGCAUUCCCUAAAAAAAUCGGUAGAAAAUAAAAAGUAAAUAAGUCACCUCAGCACGCAAAACCAAAUAAUCAAAUCUAAAUGCACUUCACUCAGCACUUCAACUCCGUUAACGGUUUAUUGCAUUUAAAAUUCAUGCACAAAUUUGGUUCCAACAGCACUCGUCAUAUUCAUAGUAUCAACGUGUAUGAGUAUGCAUAAUACUGACAACUUUAGUGCGCUGUGUUAGUGCUAGUGUAAAAAUUUUAUUUAUUUUUUAUUAAAUUAAGCAAAUUAUGCGCCUUUGUUAAUAUAAAAGUUAAAUAUUUUCAUCAGUGCAUUUAGAAGCAUGCAAAUUUCUCUGUUAUAAAACUAAGUUAAGCGCAGCUUUUUACUAUAUAACAAAUGACUGUUGUUUAAUUUAUGUAAGAGAUGCUUAAAAGUGUUGUAUUUAGUAAAUUUUAUAAGUGUGAUUAGUUAUGUAACGAUUGAAAUUCGUAUGUAUGUUUCCUUGCGUUGCAUUUAAAAGCCUAAGCAGAAUUUAAUGCGUUCGAAAGGAAGCAUAUGUGAUAAUGAGAUAAUAAGAAAUGCAACAAAAAGUUUAACAAGUGCAAAGUUAAAAUUAAAAAUUGCAAAAA